CUCAACCAAACUGUAACCGUGGCAACUUCCCCUUCUUUCCCCCUCUCUUUCUUCAUCUCCUCCCAUAGAAAUCUUCUUUCCAUGGAAACUGAGGAGUUCCCUACCAAGGUGAACUUGUCGACGAGGAGGAGGUUUGCUGCCUCUUUUGGAUCCCAUUUAAAGGAGACUUUCUUCCCCGACGACCCCUUCCGCCAGUUCAGAGACCUGCCGGCAUGCGGCAAGGCAUGGACCGCCCUCAAAUAUUUCGUUCCGGCGCUUGGAUGGGCUUCCAAUUACACCUUUGCCAAGUUCCGGUACGACCUUCUCGCCGGUAUCACCAUCGCCAGCCUUGCGAUCCCGCAAGGAAUUAGCUAUGCACGCCUCGCCAAUCUUCCUCCCAUUAUUGGGCUAUAUUCUAGUUUUGUGCCACCUUUGAUCUAUGCGAUCUUGGGUAGCUCAAACAAUCUGGCGGUCGGAACCGUUGCAGCAGGCUCGUUGCUUCUUGCUUCGAUCAUUUCGGUGGAAGUCUCACCUUCUGGCAAUCCACAAUUAUACUCUCAAUUAUUCUACACAGCGGCCUUCUUCACCGGAAUUCUUCAAACGGCUUUGGGGUUCCUCAGACUUGGGAUGUUGGUGGAUUUCUUAUCCCGGUCGACCAUCACCGGAUUCAUGGGGGGUACAGCGAUCAUCAUAAUUCUGCAACAGCUCAAAGGCAUGCUCGGAUUAAAGCAUUUCACCACCAAGACCGAUCUUGUCUCCGUGAUGCAUUCCGUCUUCAAGUAUAGAGAUGAGUGGAAAUGGGAGAGCGCAGUUCUCGGUAUAUGCUUUCUUUGCUUUCUACUUGUAAGCCGGCAUCUGAAAACAAAAGUUCCAAAGCUAUUCUGGGUCUCAGCAAUAGCUCCUUUGCUGGUGGUGGUACUAGGAGGCAUUUUUGCUUUUCUCGUCCAUGGAGAUGAUCAUGGAAUCCCUACAGUCGGUUCUUUGAAAAAAGGACUCAAUCCGAUAUCCAUAUCGGAUUUAAAAUUCCAGUCUCAGUAUCUAUCUACGGCCAUCAAAGCAGGAUUGCUUUCGGGUUUCCUGGCACUAGCGGAAGGAAUAGCUGUUGGAAGGAGCCUAGCAUUACUGAAAAAUGAACAAAUAGAUGGGAACAAGGAAAUGAUAGCUUUUGGGAUGAUGAACAUAGUUGGCUCUUUCUUUUCAUGCUAUCUCACAACUGGGCCCUUUUCUAAGUCGGCAGUUAAUUUUCAUGCGGGAUGCAAGACACCAAUGUCUAAUGUGGUGAUGUCAGUUUGCAUAAUGUUGGUGUUGCUAUUCCUGGCUCCUCUCUUCGAACACACGCCUUUAGUGGCUCUAUCAGCGAUCAUUAUAGUUGCCAUGAUUGGGCUUAUUGAGUAUGAAGAGAUCCACCACCUCUUCAAGGUGGACAAGUUUGACUUUUGUAUCUGCAUGGCUGCUUUCCUUGGGGUUGCAUUAUUCAACAUGGUUGCCGGACUUGCAUCAUCUGUAGGUUUGUCAAUAUUAAGAGCAUUGUUAUAUGUGGCUAGGCCCAAUACUUGCAAGCUUGGAAACAUAACAGGAACUGCAAUGUAUCGUGACAUUGAGCAGUAUCCAAGUUCAUCUAGCUUCCCUGAUAUCCUAAUCUUACAACUGGGUUCCCCUAUCUACUUUGCAAAUGCUGGCUAUCUAAGAGAAAGGAUCUCAAGAUGGGUAGAAGAUGAAGAAAGUAUCAUCAAAAAGGAUGGGGAAGAUCUUCUAUAUGUUAUUCUUGACAUCGGUGGGGUGACAUCUAUUGACAACACGGGCAUUGGGAUGCUAAAGGAAAUCCAUAGAAUUCUCAGCAGAAGAAAAAUUAAGAUGGUUAUAACAAAUCCGAGGUUAGAGGUGGCAACAAAGUUGGUAUCAUCAAACUUUAUCGACUUGAUUGGAGAGAAUUGGGUGUUUCUCUCUGUCAAGGAUGCAAUUACAGCCUGCCGCUAUGCUCUUCAGGAAUCAGGAGAAAAGGGAGAGGAAGCAUAGGAAGAAUAUUUGGAGCAAGUAUAGGACAUUAUAAAGCAAAUGUAUGAUCCUCAGAUUAGUACAUGCGCUCUGUCAAUUACAUGCGGUCUGUCAAUAGCAGCUGAGGUCAAAUGUCAUUGGAUAUUGUAUGAUGAUAUGUUUCAUAAGUAGGCAGGUUUUAUGUAUGUGAAGCAUUUUCAAAUGGCAACGACAAGAUAGAUUUUGAAUAUGUAGAUUUUUACUUAAAAAUAUCUUCUUUUUUU